AUGGCUCGCACCAAGCAAACCGCUAGGAAGUCGACCGGGGGCAAAGCACCACGAAAACAACUGGCGACCAAAGCCGCGAGGAAGAGCGCCCCCGCGACCGGCGGAGUGAAGAAGCCCCACAGAUACAGGCCCGGGACCGUAGCCCUGAGAGAGAUAAGGAGGUACCAGAAGAGCACCGAGCUGCUCAUCAGGAAGCUGCCCUUCCAGCGGCUGGUGCGGGAGAUAGCACAGGACUUCAAGACGGACCUGAGGUUCCAGAGCUCGGCGGUGAUGGCGCUGCAGGAGGCCAGCGAGGCGUACCUCGUGGGGCUGUUCGAGGACACCAACCUGUGCGCCAUCCACGCCAAGAGGGUCACCAUCAUGCCCAAGGACAUCCAGCUGGCCCGGAGAGUGCGCGGAGAGAGAGCUUAA